GUAAUUUCCCAACUGGAAUGUUUUGAUCUAACUAAAGCACAGUGGAAAUUGUAAUUGGGUUAUGCUUUGGGAUCGGUCAGAGAAAGUUGUGUAAAAGGGGGUAAAGAAAGCAAAUCUCCAGUUCUGUUUUUGUUCCAGUGGCCGUGCAGUGCAGAGCCUGCUGGAGUUCAAAACCAGCAGAGCUCUGGAGUGGCUCAGCAUAACAGAACCCACAUCACUGCUGGAGCGUACUGGACUAGCCCAGGCUGUUCGCAACAAGAGGACAUUCAGGACUUCCAGGAUCACCAACAUCACAGUCGGAGGUCUGCAGGGCGACAUCUGUGACUGGUUGCUGCAGUGCUCUGCAGGAUAUAAGUGUGUUUCCCAGCCUGGCACUGCCAACUACAGCUGUUCCUCAGUCUGCCACUUUGACUACUGCCACCAUCACGGCAUCUGCACACACCAUCCACACCAGCUUCCAGUUUGCCGCUGCCUUGCAGGUGACGAUUUCUGGUUCAUGGGUGAGAGGUGCGAUGUCAGGAUGACCCGCGCACGUCUCAUUGGUGCGUGCCUUGCCAUCUUGCUCAUCAUAGUGACAGUGAUCAUCAUUUUGGCGUUUGUGGCAGUGCGACGCUAUCGAGCAAUUCUGAUUCAGGCCAAAGUAGACCAGACUCGCAGCAGCUAUCGCAGAUUCAACCACUUUGAUGAGCUGUCAGGUCGCUUCUGGUUGCGCUCGUGGGCGGGAUCAGCAGACUCAUUGGACAAUCCUGCCUUCACACGCUCCGAUGAGUUGCUGCAUCUGCGAGCGCUUGACCGCCCCUGCUGUUACCACGACGACACGCUGUCACUGGCUUCCACCUGCCCCAGCCACGGAACACGAAUCAACACAAUCUACCCCCACAGUUCCCAGUAUGGAUGGAGGGGGAGUGAGAUGAGCAUGGGGGAUGGUGUGCUGGACUCGGGUAAGGCCAGUGACCUUUCAGUGUGUAGCUGGCCAGUGGAACCCAUUCACUGGACUCCAUUUCCACUUCUGCAGCAACUGGCUUCUCACAGGACACCCACAGUCAGGGUGUCACGACCACGGUCCUACUGUGAAGGCAUGGAGCUUGUAGACAUGGGGAAGAGCUGGACUGCUUGACUUGCAUAUGGAGGAUUCAAUCUGUUCUGACACUGGUUUUUACAGUUUAUUAAUGCAUUGUAAAGUUAAAAUAUUUGUGUUUUGUUAAUAAUUUAAAAAAAAGUAAGGCAGUAAAUGUAUAAAUGUGUACACCUUUCUUUGAAAGAUUAAAUCUGUUUCUGAUGCUGA